AUCAGAAGCUUUGCGCGCCACACACAUACCUGUGCUUUCUCUUUCUCAGUUUCUCUUAGCAGUCUUUUUCUCUUUUCUGGAAGUUCCAUGGUAGUUAUACUGUAAAAAUGAAUUCCAACGCAUCAUCAUCUACACAUCCCCUACCGCCGCAGCAGCCGCAAUCCAUGGCCACCACGUCAUCAGCCGCCACUACAUCGACGGCCACAGAUGGUGGUGGCAAGAAGGUCAGGAAACCCUACACCAUCACCAAGUCUAGAGAGAGCUGGACAGAAGAAGAACACGACAAGUUCCUCGAAGCUCUUCAGCUGUUUGACCGUGACUGGAAAAAGAUUGAAGAUUUUGUGGGUUCAAAAACAGUUAUCCAGAUUCGGAGUCAUGCCCAGAAAUACUUUUUGAAGGUCCAGAAGAAUGGGACAAUGGCCCAUGUUCCUCCACCUCGUCCUAAACGCAAGGCCACGCAUCCUUAUCCGCAAAAAGCAUCAAAAAAUGUUUUAGCACCCCUGCAGGCAUCUGUGGCUUAUCCGUCAGCAAAUACCCUUGCUGCUGGAUAUGCUCCAUGGGAUGAUGCUUCCAUUAUGAUAAAUGCAACAUCCAGCAAAAUUAUGUCACCGCAAGAAGAUUUUACCAAUUUACCUGGAGCUGAAGCACUUAUUAUGGCAUACCACGUUACUGAUUCAGCUGAUAUUGGAUCAAAGGGCGUAUCCAGGAUGGGUAACAGUUCUGUUAGUUGCAUUGGAAGCUCAAGUAGAACACUAAUCACUUCAGAGACGCCAAAGCAGGGGAAACAAGUUCCUAUGCUUCAUGGUAUACCGGACUUUGCUGAAGUGUAUGGCUUCAUAGGGAGUGUCUUCGACCCAGAGACCAAAGGCCAUGUGCAAAAGCUCAAGGAAAUGGAUCCCAUAAAUUUUGAAACGGUUUUAUUGUUGAUGAAGAACCUCAGUGUUAACUUGUCUAGCCCUGAUUUUGAGCCAAUUAAGAAGGUCAUGUCAUCCUAUGACGCCAAUUCAAAAUCGGUGGGGAUUGUUGCAAACAACCAAACGAGGGAUAUAUCAUGUUGAACUAUUAAUACUUACAGUUAGCUGACUAGUAUGUUUGUUAUUUCCAUUAGUUUUCUUCUCACCACAUUUAUUUUUUCCUAUAUUAUACCUUUACUCUUCUUGUAAUUUCCGCCUUCACCUCAAAUUCUGAUUUCGUCACUAUCAUCGUUGAUGAUUAUAAAUUAAGAGUGCCUAAUGUAAUUGUUCUUGUAUCGCUUACGUGGAAAAUUUGCAAAAUUUAGGGAGAAACCAUUGCUACAAUAGGCAGGAGAGAUUGUGAAUGAUGUUGAGUGUAAGUAGGUAGUGAUUUUGAAGUGUCUAAAUCUUAGUGUCCACUUACCUCAGUGGGAAUGGUUGUUAUUUGCAGCAAGCAGUGUGUUUAUAUCUUAUCAAAUGUAUUUAGUUGCUCAUCUUUAAGCUGAUGACUUUCUCAAGUAGAUGGGUAUUUGUAGACAGUUUCCAAAUUGCCAAUUAAAGCAAAAAUACAAGAGUUUUGAGUAUUGUA